CUCACUUUCUUCCAAGCUUUCUUAUAAGCAUUUCAAAUGCUAAAAAGUAGAGUUUCCCUCCAAUACUUCUUUAGACUUGUGAGAGAAAAAAGUGCUUAUAAACAAGUUGAAGGAUAAGCUCUGCCAAACAAACAGUCAUUGAGGGUCAUUAGCUCCCUUGCACUUAUCAGUCAAAUGCAUGCACAUUUGUUAAAGCCAAGGUAUAACACGAUACUAUUUUCAAAUACUUCACAAAUGACUCCCUCCAUGCCUCUUAUCUGCGAAGAUAUCUUAAUCACAAAGGCAGAUAAGAAAUGUUAUAAAAUUGUCUCGUUUGAUGAAGUAUUCCAUAAGUUGAUCAGUACAACCUCCAGUUGAGAGAGCAAAUUUUGGUUCACAAGUUAGAAUUACAUCAUUAUUUGUUUCACAAAAAAUGUAAAGCUCUAAAUGAACAGAAACCUUCUAAAGCUCAGCUAACUCAUUGACAUAUAAUUACAUUUGACAUACAAAAAGCCCAUUUUCCAUAGCCUCCCCUACUCUCUACCUCAUCCUCAUCUUCUCCUAUUGGCAUUGGCAUAGGAUGACUCCAUGAACAUACCUUCAGUCAGUUUAUAUUGGCAUUCAAGGUCAAGAAAGGUAAGCUGGGUGAGGUUUGCAAGUGAUGUUGGGAUUUGUCCAUUAAAAUUGUUAGAAGAGAGGCUUAGGUAACUUAGUUGAGAUAAGUUAUCUAUAGAAGCUGGAAUGGGACCAGAAAACUGAUUAUUGGAAAGGUAAAGAGAGGUAAGUUGUGUGAGGUUUGCAAGUGAUGUUGGGAUUUGUCCGCUGAGAUUGUUUGAAGAGAUGCUUAGGUAAGUAAGUUGAGAUAAGUUCUCUAUGGAAGCUGGAAUGGAACCUUCCAAGUUGCAGCCAAGACUCAGAUACUGCAAUGACUUUAGAUCUCCUAUAGACUCUGGCAAUCGCCUUCCACAAUCCAUUUCACCUAAAUAGAACUGUUGGAGAGGACUGCUCCAAUUGAAACUUGGAAGAUCAAUAGUGAGGUUUCGCUCUCCAAAAGAUCCACUUAAAUGAAAAUUCUUGAGAUUUGGAAAGCGGAAAAUACUGUUUGGAAAGUUUCCUCUUAACGCACUCUCCCAAAGAUCAAGAGUAGUCAAUGAGGAAGAGAGAUUCAUGAAGAAACGAGGAUUAACAGAUGCCAUGUUCACUCCACUAAGCACAAGUUCUCUCACCUCACUCAAGUUAUGAACAAGAUUUUUGAAGGUAGUUGUUUCAAGGAUCAAGUCACAAUUAGAGAGAUUGAGAGAAACUAACUUG